GGGCCGGUGGGGGUCUGGAGUCCCGUGGACCCUGCAAGGAAGACUGCGGCCGCCCCCCUGCCACCGUUGCCCCUUCUUGCCCUGACUCCUUUUCUCUGCGUCACGCCACAACUUUGUGUCCCUCCCGUGAUACCUCAGCCCUGAGGCCAGGGGCUUGGCAAGAAUCGUUUCGAGUCAGCCCUGUGGUUCCAGCCAUGGGUUUGCCCCUAUCGAAGCCUGCUGUGGCUGUGCACACCUCAAAUGCUUCAGAUCAUCAGACAGCAUCCCCACCUUCAGGAUGCCCGAUGCAUGAAGGGAAAAUGACAGGUUGUCCAGUGAGCACAGAGCCACGGGAAGCCGCCAUUGAGGGCAUGGCCCCGCUGGUACCCACCCACCAGGAGCACGCCUAUGAAUACGUGGAGUGCCCAGUGAAGGCCGGCAAGUCUGUGGAGGUGGACCCUUCCAAUCUGAUGCCACCACCUAAUCAGAUGCCAGCCCCUGAUCAGCCCUUUCCGCUGUCGACGACCAGGGAGGAAUCUUCCAUUCCAAGAGCGGACUCCGAGAAGAAGUGGGUGUACCCCUCCGAGCAGAUGUUUUGGAAUGCCAUGUUAAAGAAAGGGUGGAAGUGGAAACACGAUGAUAUUAGUCAGAAAGAUAUGUAUAAUAUCAUUCGAAUUCACAAUCAGAAUAACGAGCAAGCCUGGAAGGAGAUCUUGAAGUGGGAAGCCCUGCACGCCAGGGAGUGUCCCUGCGGUCCAACAUUGAUCCGGUUUGGAGGUAAAGCUAAGGAGUAUUCGCCAAGGGCAAGGAUCCGUUCCUGGAUGGGGUAUGAGCUGCCCUUUGACCGGCACGAUUGGAUCAUCAACCGCUGUGGGACGGAGGUGAGGUACAUCAUUGACUACUACGAUGGCGGCGAGGUGGACAAGAACUACCAAUUCACCAUCUUGGAUGUCCGUCCUGCCCUGGAUUCCUUCUCAGCGGUGUGGGACAGGAUGAAGGUCGCCUGGUGGCGCUGGACUUCAUAACCACUGUUUUGUUGGAGAUGGAAAAAUAGGAACUAUUUUUUUUCUGAACUAGAUUAAACUAUUUUCCCUAGACAGCAUUGCAUUUAGGAUGACACAGGAGCUUCAGGUCAGUCAUCAGACACUCAGCUUAGGGAAGGAUGGUCUCUAGCCUCCGAUUCCACCGUGCCGCUGUGAGCAGCUCCUCAUACAUCCCCCCCUCCCCCCUUCUUCAGCGGUCGCCCCUUUACCAGCAGUAUUGCCUGUGUAUUUCAUCUAGAAAAGUCUGAACCACCUCUGUAAAAGGACUUUUCGGUUGAAAGUGAAGGAAGCGGUUUUUGUUUUAGCCUGAGUGUGUUCUCACACAUACUUGAUGUAGAUCCACGGAAAGUGAAGUUGAUGCUCCGGAGGGCUUUACUCUGUCCUCGAGUGAAACUGAAACUGCGUUUUCAAUAAGAGGCCAUUGUGCUUUUCAGAAAGUUCACCCGUUUGUAAAGUUCCUCCAAUAGACUAGUGACAUCUGAACACACCGAGAAAGGUGUAAGCUGAAACUAUGCCUGGCAAGACUCAGGCAAAGGUUGGAUCUCCCAGUUCCUUGUCCAAGUGAGAUCUUGGACCUUGUAGCACACGGGUAGUCCCUGACUGCUGAUGGUGGUUUCCUUCUGAUGGUUCCAUGGUAUGUUCGUUCCGAUGGAAGGCCAAGAUUUCAUCUUACUUUGUUUUCAUGAUUAUUCCCUUUGAGUAUCAGUGUCUUUACAUUCUGCACAUAUCACACACACAUCAAACAUCUGCGAAUGGGAAUAGCAGCAAACUACCCCAAGACGGUGUCUGUAGUACUUAUUCCUAGUGAUGAGAGGUACCGAAAAACACAGUCCUUAGUGGGCUUGGUCACAACUAGACUACAUUGGGAGUUGGGAACUACCUGUCCUUUCAUGUCCACGGUGCUUUGAAAUACAUAACUAAAUUUGUGAGAUAAGUUUUUUUUAGCUUCUGUUUGUAUCCACCAAUGCUGUCAGCAGAUGGCUCCUGAGUUGGCCCAAUGUCGUCCCGUUCCCUCUCUCUGAAGCCAUUCUUCUUGACCUAAAAUCUCAGGAGCCUGUCUUGGGUUGUGUUGUUGCGAACACUCUGUUCGCGUGUUAAAUUCUUCAAGAAUCAUCUGGGCUUCCACUGCUAUAGAAUGUUGAACCUAAGGCACCAUGUCAGUUUAGGUUUCUGUUAAGAAAACUCUAAAUCUGCCGUUAAACUUCCUUGAAUCAGUAAAUUAGAAACUGGUUGCUCUUUUAAUUUUCAUAAUGUUUUACCAACAACUGUUGGUUGGGGGUUUUGUGUGUGUGUGUGUUUAUAUUAAAUAAUUUAUCUGAAACGUCA